AUGUCUAGUUUUUCCUGCAUAGAUAUUCAUAUACUGUCUAGAGGCUUGGAACAUGACACAGCCCCCUGUGGUAGCGACAUACCGUCGGGAGGUAUAGAACAUGACACAGACCCCUGUGGUAGUGACAUACCGCCGGGAGGUACAGAACAUGACACAGACCCCUGUGGUAGCGACAUAUCGCCGGGAGGUAUAGAACAUGACACAUACCCCUGUGGUAGAGACAUACCGCCGGGAGGUAUAGAGCAUGACACAGACCCCUGUGGUAGAGACAUACCGCCGGGAGGUAUAGAACAUGACACAGACCCCUGUGGUAGCGAUAUACCGCCGGGAGGUAUAGAACAUGACACAGUCCCCUGUGGUAGUGACAUACCGUCGGGAGGCAUGGAACAUGACACAGUCCCCUGUGGUAGCGACAUAUCGUCUGGAGGCAUGGAACAUGACUUAGUCCCCUGUGGUAGCGACAUACCGUCGGGAGGUAUAGAGCAUGACACAGACCCCUGUGGUAGAGACAUACCGCCGGGAGGCAUGGAACAUGACACAGACCCCUGUGGUAGAGACAUACCGCCGGGAGGUAUAGAACAUGACACAGACCCCUGUGGUAGUGACAUACCGUCGGGAGGCAUGGAACAUGACACAGUCCCCUGUGAUAGCGACAUAUCGUCUGGAGGCAUGGAACAUGACUUAGUCCCCUGUGGUAGCGACAUAUCGGCGGGAGGAAUGGAACUUGACACAGCCCCUGUGUAG